GCACUCAUGCAGAACCAGCGUCCUUCGCGGCCACCGUGAGUCCGCACCGCACGCGUGUUGUGGCUAUUGCGCCUGUGCGCGACCCCGGUCGUGUGCGGCCGUGGGGGCGGAGCGGCGCAAGCGCCCUGCGAGAUUUAGGACCUGGAGCGUAAACAAGAGACGGGAAGGGAUGAGGGGACGGCAGAAGUUGGAGCAGCGAGCGGCGGUGGCGGCGAUAGCAGUAGUAGGAGCGGCAGCAACAACCGGAGGACCCACGACGGAGGAGACGGCGGCGGCGGAGAGCGGGGCCUGGAGCCGACCCUGACUCCAUCGUCUCUCCCGGCCCGGGAGCUAGAGCGUCCGAGCCCAGGCCCCCCCUCUCAGCCAUGAACCUGGCCAGUCAGAGCGGGGAGGCCGGCUCCAGCCAGCUGCUCUUCGCCAACUUUAACCAGGACAACACGUCCUUAGCUGUUGGUAGUAAAUCUGGUUACAAAUUCUUCUCCCUUUCCUCUGUGGAUAAGCUGGAACAGAUUUAUGAAUGUACUGAUACCGAAGAUGUAUGUAUUGUGGAAAGAUUGUUUUCAAGUAGCCUCGUGGCUAUUGUUAGCCUCAAAGCUCCACGAAAGCUAAAAGUCUGCCACUUUAAGAAGGGGACUGAAAUAUGCAAUUAUAGCUAUUCCAAUACCAUAUUGGCAGUCAAAUUGAAUAGGCAGAGGUUGAUAGUAUGCCUAGAAGAAUGUCUGUACAUACACAAUAUUCGUGAUAUGAAGGUACUGCAUACAAUCAGGGAAACUCCCCCUAACCCUGCAGGUUUGUGUGCACUGUCAAUAAACAAUGAUAAUUGUUAUCUGGCUUAUCCUGGGAGUGCAACUAUUGGGGAAGUACAAGUCUUCGACACCAUUAAUUUGAGGGCUGCUAAUAUGAUUCCAGCUCAUGAUAGUCCCUUAGCAGCCCUGGCUUUUGAUGCAAGUGGUACCAAACUUGCCACUGCUUCUGAGAAGGGAACUGUGAUUAGAGUAUUUUCCAUCCCAGAAGGACAGAAAAUCUUUGAGUUCCGGAGAGGAGUAAAGAGGUGUGUAAGCAUUUGCUCUUUGGCCUUCAGCAUGGAUGGAAUGUUCCUCUCUGCAUCCAGUAACACUGAAACAGUGCACAUCUUCAAACUUGAGACUGUGAAAGAAAAACCUCAGGAGGAACCCACUACCUGGACUGGUUACUUUGGGAAAGUGCUUAUGGCCUCUACCAGCUAUCUGCCCUCUCAAGUAACAGAAAUGUUUAACCAGGGUAGAGCAUUUGCUACUGUCCGACUACCGUUCUGUGGUCACAAAAAUAUCUGUUCACUUGCCACAAUUCAGAAGAUUCCCCGAUUAUUAGUGGGAGCUUCUGAUGGAUAUUUGUAUAUGUACAACCUGGAUCCUCAGGAAGGAGGGGAGUGCACACUGAUGAAACAACACAAGUUAGAUGGCAGUAUGGAGCCAGCCAAUGAAAUCUUAGAAUCUGCAUCCCAUGACCGUCCAUUAGUAGCUCAGACCUACAGUGCUGCUGUGACAAGAGGUACUUAUGCACCUUCCUCACCUACGAGACAUGCAUACACAGAGGAGCUGGGCGCAGUGGGUGGUGCUUGUCUGGAAGAUGAAACCAACGCAUUACGAUUGGAUGAAGACAGUGAGCAUCCUCCCAUGAUUCUUCGGACAGACUGAACUUUAACCUGUGAACUCUAACCCCUUGAAGCAGAGAACACUGGCUUGAUACUUCUUUGAGGACUCUGUGUUAAGCUGCUAUGAACUUUGAUGUGAUUUGGGGAGACAGGAUGGCAGAGACAUUAAGUUGUAGCUGUAGACUAAUUCUAUACUAUUGAGAAAAUAUAUUGUUUUCACUUAUGUGGCUUUUAAUCUUAUCUAUUUUAGCUUUCUUGGUUGUGUUUUUUUCCCCCAUUUAUUUGCCAAUACCAGCUGUUUGGUGAACCCUUAGAACCUCCUCGCUUUGCAUGCAUUCAUGUGCCAAGCUAGCAUAGGAGAAAGAGAAGCCACUUUAUAACAAACUAAAGUUUGUAUUUCUUUUUAUACAUGUAUAUAAUAGUAAGUAUAUAUAAAGAAAGUGUGAAGACAUGAUUCUUAAUGCUGAGGUUAGUUCUGCACUGACAAAGGUCCAGAAAGUUCCUUAUGCAUGGGCUUGUCGGUGUGCUUUAGUGACUGACGUGUGACCUUUUAAGAGACACCCUCUUUCUUCAGUUCCCCACUCCUGGACCAUUUUUUAAAAAAUUUAUUUUAUUUUUCGUUAAUUAAAUUCCUCCUGAAUGUUGCUCAUUUGUGGGACUUCUUCUGUGGUGGACUUUUCUUUUGUUCUUGGUUUUGUUUUGUGGGAGUUGGACAAGGGAGGUAUGUUUUCAGAUCAAAAGCCAACUUCUUCCCCUCAGCAUAUGAAGUAGAAAAAGUACUUGAAAACAUCUAGAGAAUAAGAUGGCGUGUGUAGUUAAAUCAGCUGUUCCUUAUUUUAGAUUUUGGUAUUUUUUUUUUUGAAUCAGCGUGCUGAUUUUAAGGAGAGUGCCUAUCAACUUAGUUUUCUGAGGAGAGCACAAAAAAACUUUAGUUCAGUCUGUAGCCAAGCUGUCUUCUUACUAUAACUUCACCCUUUCUGUUCUGGAAGGGUUUGAUCUUUAUGAAAGAAAUCUUGAGGCGCAAAAAUAUGAGAAGAAACUGGAUAUAAAAUAGCUACUUAGCUAGGUUGUGUUCUGUAUACCUUUUGUGUCCUAAUUUUUUUAAGUGUAUUUAACAAACUGAGAUUUUGGUUCUAAAUGUCACUACUCUGUCAGAUUCCCUCCUCUUUUUUUUUUUUUUAAUGGGAAAUGCAGGCUAAAGCAUCCUGCAUUACCUCAAACUCUGCAUUCCAAAACAAGACACAAACCAGUUUAUUUUGUGAUAGAAACUGAUGGUUUGAAAGAUAUAAAUCUAACUCAGGGCUGGGCUUAAAUAUUGAUAAAUAGAAGCAAGAAAAAUGUUGCUUUAACUAGCUUUUUGGUUUCAUUGUUGAGUUUUGAACAGUAGGCAGGAGUGAAGGAGAGUUAGUUUGUUUCAUAUUUGCUCUUUGUGUCUUGGUCACUGGAUGAAUUAAACCAUAUGUAAAAGGAAAAAAGUUAAUUUACAGGUGGUAACCAAAGUUACUAUCAGUACAGAUCUCUAAGGCAAAAUCCUGGCUGCAUGUACUCUCCCUCCAUCUGUUCAGAAAUCAGUUCUGCAAGUUGGUAAAGACAAGGAGACAAAAGGUAUAGGUCUGGUAAACAUCUAAAUCAAUAAAGUGGUAAAAAAAAAAAGAUGAGGACCACCCAUAUUUCUCUUUAAACAAAAACUUGGUUGUAUUUUCUGGAGCCUUGCUAUGAAGUGAUUCCUAGGAACAACGUGGAGUCGUUUAGGUGUAUCUUGGAAUUGAAGUAAUAGUAGAAAUGCUAGCCGAAUUUUCUUCAUAGUCCUUGUGGUAUGGCCUCUGGGAACACUUUUGUAGAAAGAUUCCACUGUCUACAGCUCAAGUUAUCUAAUAGCCUUAAGUUUUCUGUCUUAGGGCUCUCCACCAGCCAGGAUGUGGUGCUGGAUUUCAUGUGUAGGUUUUGCAGUUCAGAGGAAGGAGUGUUCCCGCUAAAAGUUUAGAACCUCUCUUAGUUUUUUUUUUGAUGAAGAAGGAACUGCUUUUUCCUGUCCUUUGUAGUGAAAGGUCACUGACAUUAUUUUGGGAGCAUGCAUAUUUAUUUAUUUAUUUAUUUAUUUAGAUGGAUUUGAAGGGCUGAAUUUGCCUUCACAAUAAGGCAGGUAGUUACCAGGGGUAAAAGGUAUACAUUUGCAUCCUUCUUUGAUAUUGCUAGUGCCAAAAGCAUUUUUGGAAGAUGUGAUUGGCAGAGAAGGGGAAUUUAAAAUAAGUAAAAGCUGCCUUUAUUAGAAGAAAAGGAAAUAAUCUUUGACUUCAAACAUAAAGUUUUAGUGUACUUCGGAAAUGGAAGUAAGCAUUUGGCAUUGAGAGCCUACUUUAUUGGUGAACUUCUGUCUUUACUCUUUAGCCAGCCUUUUGGCUAUUUUACUCCCCAUUAGCACUUCUUCCAUUUGGGAAUGGAAAAAAAGGAGAGGAAUCAAAAUUUAAUCUAGUUUAAUAUCUAUUAUUAGCUAGGGAUUGAUAGUCCCUUUAGUGUGUGGUAGGGGUAGAGUGCCUCCAGCAACUGCCACAGGUUACCUACCUACCUCUGUAUUAGAUGCUCUGAUACAGCAGAGAUAAAUGGGACUAGAAAUUAGACUACCUUGGCCGAGUUCUGCACAUCCUACUAAUUUGCUGAACUCUGAAUAAAAUCCUAUUUUUUUUUUUUUGUUAAACUAAAUUUUAUUAAAUUUUUUCUUCCUAAUUUUUUUUAAAAGAGAGAAAGACAGCCUAGGGAUACAAGGCUUGGUAGAAAACAAUGAUUAGUGUCUUGAAUUACCUAUGGAUUUCAUAUACAUGCUAUUUUUAUUCCUCAGUACCAGAACUAAUGAGCUAACUGCAUGUAGCCCAGCCCUUGUUUGUAGUAAAGUUGAAGGCUAGUUUAUAACCUGUCUUGGCACUGAUUCUUCAGGCAUUCCUUGUUAAGUCAAACAGACUCUAAUGGUAUUUGAGUUAUUUUUUUUUAUGAGUUUUUUGGGCUCUAGUGUUAGUUUAUGACCCCCCAAAAAUGAAAGCUCAUUUACAUAGUACUGCUGUAUUAAGCAAAGACAAACCAUCAACACCAAUUUGGGCUAUGAACCGGCCAUCUUGUUUCUCUUGUGUCCUGGUUAGAGAUCUCUAGGGGCUCAAAUGUCUAGUGGACCAGGAUGAUAUCUUGGCACGUAGGUAUUCUGUUUCUUCUCUUCCCUAGGACCAUAUUAGCCAAACCAUUGAUUGACCCUCUCCUAUCCUGGGGUAAGGAGAUAACUUUGCUACCACUCAGACUGUCCCUACCCCCCCUCCCACCAAGUCUGAUUCCAUUUCACCUGGGCCAAGGAAAAGGGUCAGCAGCUGUCUCACCAGAUUGUGAUUUUGAGUGAUUCCAAAAGUGAUGGUGAGAACAACUGAGAAACUUCUGGAUGUUUUCUUUGUACCAUUUACCUUCUUUGUUUCCCCUGCAGCUUCUGAACAGCCUCUUUUCCUUUUCUUCAAAGAUCUCUCCUUCCCCUCAACUACAUACAGUGUGUCACACACAACAAGGCUGUCGCAGAAUGAUAGUUUAAAAACUUGUAAUGUUGAUUGUUCUAUACAGGGGCUAUUUGUAGAUAAUUGCAUAAGGAAAGUUGAGACCUUACAGAUGAUAGUGACAAGAACAAUCAAAAGGCGUUGGAAACUUUUUUUGUAUUAAAUUCUUUUUGUAUUUUCUAUUUUCUUGACUUUCAUAAUGGAGUUGGCACAAACAAGUUAUAGCAUGACUUUAUAAUAGGUAUAGAUAAGUAUCUUUUGCAUGCUGAAUGACUGAGUCACUUAAUUGAAAAGAAUAUUUGAUAGUUUUGUGCUUGAGCAACUAAAAAUCCAAAUAUAUUUUACAAGUGUACUUAAUAAUUAUCAAAACCAAAAAGGAUGCAGUUAGGUGAAAGCUUUUGUCUUUUGUUCUAUGACACCCAGAGUUGAGAGCUAAUAGCUUUUUCUUCUUGACAUAAGAGGAUAGCACACUUGAGCUAUUGGUGCAAUUUUGGUAGAAUGCAUUAUCUAGAACUCUGGUUCUUUGUGUGUGCAUAACUUAUUUCAGGGUGAAAUUACACAUUUGGAGGCAUUUAUCAAGCAGCCAGAUUUUUCAUGUGUAUAUUUUAGUUCUCACCUGACCAGGGUCAUAACCUAGAAAUAACUUUGGUCCAUAUUGGAUCUCUUUUCCCUUCUCAAUACUUUGUUCACAUUGUCUUAAGAUUCUGCAAGUUUUAGGUGAGGUUCCUGAAAUUGCUUUGAAUAAACAUGACUUCCUUUUCCCCCUUCUUUUUUCAUCCUUUAUCGGUGAUGGACUAGGGAAGAAUUUGACUUUGAAAAGUCAAACAUUAUUAAAGCUUAUAAUUUGAUAGAUCUUUUUAUUGUCUCACUUCCUUAUUGUCUGGUGUGGUUUUUUUCUUUUUACUGAAUUUUAAUUUAAAUUUCCUUUCCCAUUUCCUUUUCGGAUGAAGCUGUAGCAUGUGUUGCUAAUGUUUGUCUUGUAUGUGUGUAUAUAAGCAGUGUAAAAGUAUGCUUACAUAUUACAUUCCACCCCAUGAUCUGUCCAGAUCUGAUCAAAAGACUUUUUCUGUUAGAAUUCUAUAACUGCAUAAGACAUUAAACCUGUGUUGUUA